UAUGAGUAUAUCGGGAGUCUGCUCUGUGAAAAUUAUUUCGAUAGCUUAACAAAAGCUGCUUUAAAACUCAAAUAAAACUAUUUUCCGGUUCUUAAAUUGUUCUUAAAAUCGGAACCAUGUGUUUUUUCAACAUACUAAUAUGAAGAUUAUUAAAAAAUGUGUGUUUUUAGCCAGUUAUUGGCAAAUGAAAAUUCUAAGUUUCCCGUAGUUCGCGUUUACUUUUCUGUGUAGUCGUUCUUUAAAUUUUCUGUCUAUGCGUGUGGUGGGUGUGAGCAGGAUAGCAAAAAUAAGCGUAAAUGAGACAGGAGGCAUAUUAGAAAGGGAUGUCCUAGGAACACGAAUAUGUAAAAAAGUGAAUAUGUGAUGAUGGAAAAGAUGAGAGAAUGUUAACAAAGAUGAACCAAGUGCAAAGAAAAGGAAACCAAAAACCAACAAGAAAGACCAAAGAAGAGACAAUGAAACGAAUGAACCUCUGAGUUUUUAUUACGGUAUUAUUGAAAGUAUUAAACAUACAAUUUUCGAUCCAAUGGUAAAAAUUAAUAAGAAGUUAUGAGAAGAAUCAAACCCAAAGUCAAUAAACUAAACGAAGUAACAGAACAUUUUGACAAUUUGGUCACAAGCGAUUCGAGGAGGCUAUUCGUCGUGUUCGGCCCAAAUGAGUGCGGAAAGUGUAGGAAGGUGCGCGGUGGUGUAGAGCAGAACAAGGCAGAGAAAAGCAAAUAAAUGAAGGCACAUCAAAUAUGUGAAUAAGUGUAUGGAAGUGAAAAGUGAAAAAUUUGCACAAUAAAAUUUCUUAAAAAAUCAAUAAAAAUACGAGAAGCAUUAAGUCAAGUUAAAAAAUUUGUGAAAAUAAAAUUUUUGCAUAUACGUCUAUAAAAUAGUCGAAUCACGAAAGCGCACUUAAAUCAACGCUAAAAGUGGAAAAUAAUCAAGAGCUUUUGGUGUCAUCGAUUUUGCCAACCAAAGUAUUUCGAUUAGAUAUUCAAGAUCUAAUACCAAUAUAUGGUCCAAUAAAAUUGUGCGUUGGACUCGCCACACACAAUGCAUUUGGAUAGUGUACGCAAACGGUCGAAGAUCCAUUGAAUCGGGUCCUUAGCACCAUAACACAAUCCACGGCUUUAGUAGUGUUGGCGUAGGCGGGUACUGCGCUGAAACCUCAAAUAUAGCACAAUAUGGACCCGCACGAAAUAAAACCUCCAGGGCCGGGAAUAACAAAUAGCACAAUUAAUGCAGGGUCAACUGGUCAACAUGGGCAACAGCAUCAAUUAGGAGGUAGUGGAGAACAACUAAAUCUACCACCUCCUUCGCCUCAAGCUAUUGGUACUGCUGGAAUCAAUGGUGCUACGGGGUCAUUAACUACUUCAAUACCCUCGGCAAGCAGUUCUGUUAGUGGUUGCAAUAGUAAUGCUAACAUCCUUUAUAACAAUGCUAAUUCUUCUCAUCAGCAGCGUCCAUCAAAUAAUACUAACAACGAUGGUGACUCAGAUACAGAAUCCUUAGCAUCCAUGUCAGCAAAGGCUAAAGCUGCAGCGGCAGCUGAACAAAACCAUACGGCUUCAGCAACUAAUGGGCACAAUUGUGGCACAAGCACUACGGUUAAUAACCUUAAUGUGAAUGCCAAACAGCAGAGGCAACAAAAAAGGCGGCGUGAACGAGCACAAAGAUUGCAAGCAGAACGAGAAAAUCGGUUUGCAAAUUCUGUAAAUAAUGUCCCAAAUAGCGGUCUAUUGUAUCACGCCAGUAGCGCUGGUAGCAUGGGCGAGGACAGCAAUAACUCAAAUGGGAACUUUACCAGCAGCAGUAACGGCAGCAAUAAUGUCAUGCCUCCUACUGAUAGCAUUGCGUCGUUACUACUUAAUCCUCCACACUCACCGGAAUGCAAUUCGGGAUUGAUGGCCACACCAAGCGAUAGCGAAGGUGAAUCAUUAGACGAAGAUUUACUUUCUACUUCGUCCUCAUCCACUCUACUAUUGCCCCGUGAUAAGCCACCACCGCGACCGCCACCUCCGGUGCGUAGAAAAUUGCCACGAUCACCUGUGUUGGAGGAAGAAAUUAUUGACGGGUUUGCAAUACUAGAGUUCAAAUCAUAUGAAGAUCUCGAGUUUGCUAUUAAAUUGGGUCAAAAACGGAAAGAAAAAAGGUUAUCAGCGUUAGAAGAGUUAACUUGCACAUAUAGCAUUGAGGAAACCAAAAUGCCAAAGAUUAUUGAUACGGGUCAGCCACAUCCGAUUCGCGGAAGCAGUGCUCUUAACCUGCAAAUAAAUAAUAUAAAAGAUAACAGUAAUAAUAUACGAUUGUUGAGCAGUAAUAGCAACAAUAUUAACUGUCAUCCAGCACAAACUGUCACAUCUUCUACGAAUGUAACAGUACAAGAUACUCCUAUGGAUGCUAUUACGCCGCCAUGGAAAAGCCAAUAUCAAAAUUCCAAUAAUAAUAACAAUGUUGGAAGUCUCAUAACAAAUAGUAAUCAAAACAUUAAUAAUUGUAGUAGUGUAAGUGGCAACAUUAUUAACAACACAUCAAAUAACACCGCUGCUUCGGCAACCAUGAUAAUAAACCAUAAUGGAAAUAAUAGCAACAAUAGUAAUAACAAUAGUGAUGGAGCUGGAAGCAGCAGUAGUAGUAGUAGCAGCGGAAUCGCUGAAACAACUUCCAGUAAUAUUAACAAUACUGAUGAGGAUGCUGUUAUGACCUUAGUCGAUGCUGCAGAUGAUUGUCGGAGCGUUUUGACUGCCAUGGAUAGCGGGGCGUCGUGUGGUAGUUCUACAAUGACAGCGACAGUAAACAGCAAAAUCGACGUGGCUUCCACACCGAAAGACAAUGCUGCUUCAAACUCUGUAAAAAGCACCGCCUCUACGGAUACAACUACUACCAGUGCAGUAACAGUGCCCAGCUGUACUAUGUCAGUAGCGCCUCAAAUAUCACCAGCCGCUGUAAAUUCAUCUCCCGUGUUAUCAGAAAAAGGUAGCAUUAGCAGUGGAUUAGGGAUUAAUGCGCUACAAGGGAAUCAAGCUCAAGCAGGAAUGACGCCAGUACAAAUGAGCGAUGGUUACCGCAAUUCAAUGCUCUUAGAAGGUGUUAAAAUUGGUUCAAGCUCAGCAAAUACAAAUAAAAGAUCUCUUGACGUAGCCUUCGGCACAAGUAGCGGAACAAGUUCCAAAUCUUCAAAUCAUUUCAUUAGUAUGGCAACCAAUGCACCGAAUCUUACGCAAUUGGGCAAUAGUAACAACAACAACAACAGUAGCGGUGAAAUGACAACCGAUAUGCGAGGUUUGGGAUCGACGACAGCGUCUGCGUCUGCAACGGCGGCGGUAGCGACGGUUUCAUCUGCCGCACAGCAGCCAGCGCCGAAAAUGGUACAAUCUACGCCAACUAAAGAUGAGAUGUUUGAUCGCAUACGCGACGCGGGCGUCACAUGCAAAAGUAUUGGAAUGGGGCUUAAUAUCUGUGAUAACGAUGAAAACAAGGUGAGUGGAAAUUACCUUCUAUGUAAUUAUUAUUUAUAGGAUUUUUUUUAAAGCAAGGUAAAAUAUUUUAAGUUAUUACUGUAUGGUAAGAUUAGGGUGGGCUAAUAUUGUUGAAAUGCAUAUUGAAUGAAUGUCUAUAUAUUUAAAUGGAAUGCAAUAAUGGUUUGAGAAUUUUAAAAAAUGUCAAAAUUUAUAUGAAGAAAUGUUGACAGUUUGGAUCAUCAAAAAAUCUUGCAUAUUUAAUAAUUAAAAAAGAAAAAAUAACAAUAAUUUAAUGAUAGGUAACAUGAGUCUAUAUUUUAAUACCUAAUAUGCAGGUUUUAUUAUUAAAUAACUGAUCUAAUAUUUAUUUGUCUGUUAUUUAAACCUUAAACUCUUCAAAAACAAUACUUUUUUUUACCAAAUAAGCAAAUACACACAUAUAAAGUCUAGUUUCUGUAGAGUUGCCCACUUUAAAAAAAAAAAAAAAAAAUUCCAAUAUUUGAUACCAGUCCUUGAACAAUAAUAUUUGCCACAUUUCUGA